GCCCCCCGGCGGUGCUCGGCGGGAGCGGCAGGGGGCGGGGGCAGCGGCGGCACCGCUUCCGGCCUCCAUUUUACGCAGCGGCUGGAGGCCGCGGCGGUGCUACGGGUGGAGGGGUUCGGCCUGUGCGGGCGUCUUCCGUGUGCCGCGCUUUUCCUUCUCCCUCCGGUCCCGCGGGCGUGGGGGAUGAGGGUGUGAUUUCUCUGUGGCUGCGGUUCCCGGAGCGCCAGCACGGGGAUGGGCUCCCCUAGCUCCGGGAAUUUCGCCCCCGGCCGCUGAACCCUCCCGGAGUCCCCCCCCCCAGAGGUUCGAGCGGCGUCGUGCCCCCGGGGAGGAGAGCGGGGCAGGGCCGGCCCGGCCCCGUGGGCAGCAUGGACCAGAGUGUGGUGAAGCACCCGGUGACCCUCAUCAUCAAGGCCCCCAACCAGAAAUACACCGAUCAGACCAUCAGCUGCUUUCUGGAGUGGACUGUGGGGAAACUGAAGUCCCAUCUUUCCAAGGUGUACCCCAGUAAGCCGUCUACAAAGGAUCAGAGACUGGUGUAUUCUGGCAGACUGCUUCCUGAUCAUCUGCAGCUGAAAGAUGUUCUCAGAAAACAAGAUGAAUAUCAUAUGGUUCACCUGGUAUGUACAUCUCGGACACCCCCAAGUUCUCCAAAACCCAGCACCAGUAGAGGUCACGGAGCAUCAACCUCCAGCAGUGGCUCAAAUUUAGAGCGUUCUGGAUCAACUGCUGCCUCACCCACAAACCAAGAAGCUUCUUCUACGUCUUUGAGCACUAGUGCAGAUGGAGUGAGGCAUCGUAAUCUUCCACAAGGACACAGCAAUCCCAUGCCAAGCCACCAGUUCCCUUAUUUAGUGCAAGGCAAUAUAGGCAACCAGUUUCCUGGCCAAGGUAUUCCUGCUGGGUUUUCUAUGUAUCCUGCAUUCAGUCCCUUACAGAUGAUAUGGUGGCAACAGAUGUAUGUACGUCAGUACUACAUGCAAUACCAAGCUGCUGUUUCAGCCCAAGUGACUUCCAGCACUGAGCCAGCGAGAUCUGCAGUUGCCCAGGCUGUAAAUUCAGAACAUGCUCCUGCAAAUGAACCUGCAGCAGUGCCAAAUGUAGCUGUUCGGGAGAACAGGCCUGUAAACCAAAAUGUUCAGAUGAAUGCACAGGGUGGCCCAGUAGUGAAUGAAGAGGACUUCAACCGGGACUGGCUGGACUGGAUGUACACAUUCUCUAGAGCAGCAAUUCUUCUGAGCAUUGUAUACUUCUAUUCUUCUUUCAGUCGGUUUGUCAUGGUAAUGGGAGCCAUGCUGCUGGUUUAUUUACACCAAGCUGGAUGGUUUCCCUUUAGACAAGAGGGAGGCCAACAACAGGCAGCCAAUAAUGCAGAAGUGAACCGUGAUGGGCAACAUGCAAAUAAUCCUGAUCUUGAAGAGAUGGAGCGACUUAUGGAUGAUGGGAUUGAUGAAAACCUUGGAGAAGAUGCAGGUGAAGAUGGCAAUACGGAGCAGCAGCCUGGAUUCAUGGCUUCUGCUUGGUCCUUUAUCACAACCUUCUUCACAUCACUGAUUCCUGAAGGGCCUCCACAGGUUGGCAAUUAAAGUGGAAAAGGAACUGUCAGGCAGCCUUGGCAGCCAUAUGUAGAAGUGGAGCAGAUUCUAGAGAGUGUUCUAAAUACAGUGCAAUUUCUGAAAAUUUAUAAUGUUAUCUUUCUGAUCAUGGUGUACAAAAAUGUGUAUUUUUUCUUUUGGCUUUCUCAUGCAUUGAAUAUUUUAAGCACAAGUGGACUACUAAAUGCUUUCUUUAAGGUUCUUCUUUUUCUGAAGAAUAAAAUCUAAAGAUACUGGU